AUAUAGACAUACUCUUUGCUGCCCUAAAAUUCGAAACAAAAUAUUUGUGUCUUCACUUUGAAGAGCAAAAGUGGUAGCCGCUGAGAGACAUGGGUAGCUCUUCUAAUGGUAAUGGUGUCGCCCCUAACAACAACGUCGACAAGGGCGUUGAUUAUGCCAACUACUUCUGCACCUAUUCCUUUCUCUACCACCAAAAAGAGAUGCUCUCUGAUCGUGUUCGCAUGGACGCUUACUAUAAUUCCAUUUUCCAAAACAAACAUCAUUUUGCUGGAAAGGCUGUUUUGGAUGUAGGGACAGGGAGCGGUAUAUUGGCAAUAUGGUCAGCACAAGCAGGUGCAAGGAAAGUCUAUGCAGUUGAAGCCACCAAGAUGGCAGAACAUGCUCGUGAACUUGUUAAAACAAAUGGACUUGAGCAUGUUGUUGAAGUGAUUGAAGGGUCAAUGGAAGAUAUUACUCUGCCUGAGAAGGUUGAUGUAAUCAUUUCAGAGUGGAUGGGAUACUUCCUUCUACGUGAAUCAAUGUUUGACUCAGUUAUCUGUGCCCGGGAUCGCUGGUUGAGCUCAAAUGGAGUUAUGUACCCAAGCCAUGCUCGAAUCUGGGUUGCACCAAUCCGCUCUGGGUUAGUGGAUCAAAAGAAGAUUGAUUAUGAUAGAGCCAUGGUUGAUUGGUCCCAUUUUGUCAAUGAAACUAAAACGUUUUAUGGUGUGGAUAUGGGCAGUCUGACUAAGCCUUUCACAGACGAGCAGAAAAAAUACUAUCUACAUACAUCAUUGUGGAACAACCUUCAUCCAAAUCAACUAAUUGGAAAACCUGCUGUCAUAAAGGAGAUUGAUUGUUUAACAACAAGUGUGAAUGACAUACUCAGUCUUCAGGCAAACGUCUCAUCAUUCAUUACUGCAGAAAAUACACGAUUCUGUGGGUUUGGUGGAUGGUUUGAUGUCCACUUUCGAGGACGCAAGGAGAAUCCAGCUAAACAUGAGAUUGAGUUGACAACAGCUCCAAGUGAAGACCUUGGGACACACUGGGGGCAGCAGGUGUUCUUGUUACAUCCAUCCAUACAUGUUAGCCAAGGAGAUAAUAUGAAAAUUAAUUUUUCAAUGGAUCGCUCUAAAGAAAACCAUCGGCUGUUGGAAGUUGAGUUUGACUGUGAGCUUAGACAAUCUUCUGGAAAGUCACUUCCAUCAUUCAGAAAGAAGUUCUAUAUAGAAUGAGGAACACGGCAUGAUGUUUCAGAGUGUCAUGUCUAAAGGCCAAUUGGAGAAAUGCUACUGGCAUACAAUGGCCCCUGGAAAGAAAUUCAGCUUUUUCUGCAGCUGACUUGUGCUCUUGUAUCCUUGAUACAGAGCAUGAAGAAGAGAGUGUUUGACAAAUUCCAAGAUUUAAGAGCUUCCUUUACCUUUGUUGAUUUCUGAACUUGUCUUGCCCCCUAGACUGUUGUGCCCUCCUCUCAACAAAUUUGACUCUUACAUUAUUUUGCAUUUUUUUCUUUUUCAUUUUGGUUCGGACCUGUAAACAAGGAGGUUUUCCUGGGGGCACUAGGGGUUUGGAGUGUUUUUUAAAGCUUGCAGAAUCACUCACCUACAGUUUGUGCGGGAAAUGAGCAGCAAGGUGUCCACCCCAAACAAAAUUGUAUCUAAAGCCGUAAUUAGUGCUAUUUAUUCUCGUCAAUGUGUUUAGUACUCUGUACUCGUCACUUUGUUAGUGUUAUCUUAUUCUAGUCACUAGCCAUUUAGAA